AUGCGUACACACAGAGACAAACAACAAAGAACAACCACAAAAAAGGCGAGUGGAGGAUUAGAACAAUUUUGUUGCGAUAAUUAUGUAAAAAGAAAUGGAGUUUGUGUUGAAUGUGAGGCCGGUUCAAAAUCUACGAAUGAAGAACCUUGCAUUCCUUGCGGUCAAGGGACAUAUGGCAGGAAAUGUAACAGUCUUUGCAAGUGUACAAUCAACGAAAGAUGUGAUAAGGUAUCCGGAUGUGUAAUUGGUAACAAAUUCGUUACUUCAAAUUUUAGAUCUGGUUGGAGAAAUACUUUAUCAACAAAUAAGCACACUCGCGAAAAUACAAACGGAUACCUACAACACACAAGUACUGUCAUACGUGACAACUCAACAACUGGAUUUACAAAAGGAAUUGUAAACUCGCCAUCCGAAGAGGAAAACCUUAUAUCACACAUAGCUACCGAUUUAAAAGAUCUUCAAAAUAGAACACCGGCAAACACGAUUACUGGUACCACAGUUAGAAAAGAGCAUUUUACCAAAACAGAGAUAAUUAUUUAUUCUGUUGGAUCAAGUAGUAUCAUAUUAAUAAUUACUCUGUUGUGUUUUGUGUCUCUCUGGUUUUAUAACAACAAAAGAAAAGACAGUGAAAAAGGUCGAAUCUCCACUCAGGAAAGUCAUGAAAGAAAUGCUAAUGAAGAAGCUGGAAGUUUGUACGACAGUAUUAACGAGGACGAGAUAUAUGAUGACAACAUUCAGAUUAUAUACUCUCAGGAAAAUUCAGUAGUUUUUAACAAGCAGACAUCAGAUUCAGAGGGAUCGUCUCAACAAUCUGGAUGUUCCGGUUAUCUGCAUCCCUACACGACUGUUACAAAAGACUUUGAAACACAUUCUUAUUGCACACAGAUAAAAUCUUACGACAGCAGCAACUCAUCCUCUGUCGUUGAUGACAUGAAAAGGGAUUCAGGAUAUACUCAUCCUUAUCAACAGAUAGACGUAGAAAAAACGAUUGAAUCAAAGGCCGAGUACUCCAAACUUGUUCAAUAUUUAGAACUCAUUGACAUAACAAAACCUUCAAGCAUGUCUAAAAGCUUACCAAACAAAACACUUCUAUCUAGUUCAAAACUAAAUGACCAGAAAAAAUAUGAUGUCGGUGUGUUAAGCCCCUUUUCAAACAGUAAUCAUAGUCAUUGUGUUAUCAAUAGAAACACCAUUCCUUCUCAUCAAUCGUUAGAUUUUAGAUUUCACUAUGUGUCAUAUUUCUCUUCAUUUUUUGCAUUUGAUCGAAGGGGGGAUAAUAGCAUCGAUAAUGAAAAAAUAUCAAAUUUUAAGCAUAUGUCAGUUUAAUCACGGAUAUUUAAACCACAUUGCUUUGGAAUGUAAUGCUCUCAUAACAGCUAAGAUAGCGUCAUGUAGUACCAAGGACAUUCAGAAUCUCCUUGUAAUGUUUUGUGCCUUUUUUUGUCCUUUUCUCGUAUUCUAAAAUGAUAACUUAUUAAAUGAUUAAACCCGCCGGUUUUCAUCAACGUGCAACGUGAACGUAUCUGGAAAAUUCUUUGUACGUUCUUGUAUGCUUUUGUUCAUGUUGUUUGUUUGUUUGUUUUUUGUUUUUGGAGGAGUCAGGUGUUGGAGAUAGAAGUGACACGUUUCUUUUAUGUCUUUAUUUUAGAUAUACACGCUUAAUUAAUGUCUUGCCUCCGAAUCGCUUUUUGGGCCCCACUUAGGGAACUUAUGUUUUUUCGGUCUGUGCGUCCGUUCGUUUGUCGUACCGUUCGUCCAUCCGUCCGUCCGUCCGUUCGUCCGUCUGUCCCGCUUCAGUUUAAGUUUUUGGUCAAGGUAGUUUUUGAUGAAGUUGAAGUCCAAUCAACUUGAAACUUAGUACACAUGUUCCCUAUGAUUUGAUCUUUCUAGUUGUAAUGCCAAAUUAGAGUUUUGACCCCAAUUUCAUUGUCCACCGAACAUAGAAAAUAAAAGUGCGAGUGGGGCAUCCGUGUACUAUGGACACAUUCUUGUUUAA